AUGGGUAGUGGACAUUCGAAGGAAAGAAAAGAUUUUCAAAUUGGUAAAGCAAGUGAAUUUUAUUGGGCAUGUCGAAAUGGUGAUUAUCAAAAAGUAAAACAUUUACUUGUUCAUUUAAAUUUUGAACAAUUGAGUCAAAUUGAACCAAAUGGAAGUACAGCACUUCAUGCUGCUACUCACAAUGGACAUUAUAAAAUUGUCGAAUUACUUCUUAAACAAGGAUGUCCUCGAAUAACAUUGAAUCGAUUUGGUCAUACUGCCUAUGAAGAAGCUCAAACUGAACAAAUGCGCGCUGUUUUUCAUCGACAAACACAUCAAAGAUUUGUUGAUGAAAAUCCAAUUGAAUCAUUUGAAUUAACGUCGAAAUCAUCUGAUGAUAAACAAACAACAGAUGAUGUUCCUGAUGAUUGGGUUAAAGGUUAUACGACAAAGAGAGGUGCACAUGAAGCAAAUCUAAUGCAUGCCAUUGGAAAAGCAUCUCUAAUUAUGAGAAAAGUUUUACAAACUCGAUUAGAAAAAGAUUUUAAAGAAGAAUUCGAGAAUUUUCUCGAAAAAACAAUUCAUAAUGAUGAUCCAUAUCGUUCAAAUGUUCUGAAAUAUUUUAAUAAAUAUAAAGAAGAAAAAUCUGUUGAAUCCUUAUUUACAUUAUAUACAAUGGAAACACCAAUUUAUGGAGCAUUGCAAAAUGAUUGUGAAAUGUUUAUUGCUUUACUUUAUAUGCAUUUACCGGCUUUAAAAGAUCGUGUAUAUCAAAGUAUCGCUUAUCGAGGUGCUCGAAUGACAUAUGAUGAUCUUCAUGCAUAUCGAUGGACACUCGUACAACAUAGAAGUGUGUUGGAAACACGAACUAUUCAAUCAAUGUCAAAAAAUAAACACAAAGCGUUAGAAUUUGCAACACAAAUGCAUACAUCCAAACCAUAUUCAAUUUUAUUAAUUUAUCAUUUCCCUCAAAUUUGUCGAACAGCGAUUGAUUUAACAAAAAUAUCGGAAACUAAAACAGCAUUGUCAGAAUAUGAAGAUGAAGAAGAAGUUACUCUUCUUCCUUUUACUUUAUUUCAAAUUUCAGAUAUCAAAGUUGAUACAAAAAAUAAUAAACAUUAUCGAAUUACAUUACAAAACAUUCCUGUGGAAAAGAAAUCCAUUGUUGGUGCGCUUUUAGAUAUGGAGUAA